AUGUCCUCCUACGAUGAAAGUGCAGGUGCUGACGACACCAUGGACAGCUUCUGGGAGGUAGGAAACUACAAGCGUGCUGUCAAGAGAUUUGAUGACGGCCAUAGACUCUGCAAUGACCUUAUGGGAUGCCUGCAGGAGCGUGCGAAAAUAGAGAAGGCCUAUGGUGAUCAGCUAACAGCCUGGUCCAAGAGAUGGAGACAGCUCAUAGAAAAAGGCCCACAGUAUGGCUCUGUGGAGAGAGCCUGGCUGGCUGUGAUGACUGAGGCAGAGAAGGUCAGCGAGCUGCACCAGGAGGUGAAGAAUGGCCUGAUGAAUGAGGACGUAGAGAAAGUUAAAAACUGGCAAAAGGAGGCUUACCACAAGCAAAUGAUCGGAGGCUUCAAAGAAGCCAAGGAGGCCGAGGAAGGCUUCAAAAAGGCCCAGAAACCAUGGGCCAAAAAACUGAAGGAGAUGGAGGCAGCUAAGAAGACCUACCACAUGGCCUGUAAAGAGGAGAAGCUGGCUGCCACACGAGAGGCCAAUGGCAAAACUGAGGCCUCUGUCACACCAGACCAGCAGAAGAAACUCCACGAGAAAGUGGAUAAAUGCAAACAUGAUGCGCAGAAGGCAAAGGAGAAGUAUGAGAAGUCCCUGGAUGAACUGAGCAAGUGCACCCCGCAGUACAUGGACAGCAUGGAGCAGGUGUUUGACCAGUGUCAGCAGCAUGAGGUGAAGAGACUGACCUUCCUCAAGGAGGCCCUGCUGGACAUCAAGCGUCACCUCAACCUCACGGAGAACCAAAGCUAUGCCACCGUAUACAGAGAACUUGAGCGCACAGUUCUGGGUGCAAACACUCAAGAGGACUUGAAGUGGUUCAGCAACAACCACGGCCCGGGAAUGCAUAUGAACUGGCCAGCAUUUGAGGAGUACAACCCAGACCAGGCCAAUGCUCCCCUAAAGAAAAAGAAGCCAGAUGGAGCCCCGCCCACCCCCAGCACUGACCAUGUGGCUCCACCUGGUGACCGGAGCAGCGUGAGCAGCUAUGAUAAGAAUCAAGCUUACUCAACCGAGUGGUCCGAUGAUGAACAGCCGGCUGCCUACUCAGGCAAUGAAAACGGUGGGAAUGGAAACUCGUUCGAGGACGAUUCGAGCACUGGGAAAGGGGUCCGCGUGCGUGCUCUGUAUGACUAUGAGGGACAGGAGCAAGAUGAGCUGUCAUUCAAAGCAGGUGACGAACUGACCAAGACCGAAGAGGAAGACGACCAGGGCUGGUGUAGAGGACGCCUGGACAAUGGCCGAGAGGGACUGUACCCAGCCAAUUACGUAGAGCCCAUCUAG